GAAAAGUUACGUUUGGUCUCCAUUGUUUUCCUAAGAAACAAAAGCUAUGUGGUCAGAGCUAACGGUCACUACAUUUUUGUGUUUUCUCUUUGGUCAGCAUUAAGAAAAUGCGCGAUGAAUCACACUGUCUCAAAGGAAGAAAAACUUCUGUGAAUCUCUUCGCGUGCCAAUCGACCAGAAUCACUGUGUCAGUUCGAUCAGUGUAUGUUAUGUGCUGCUAGAAACUAUUUCAACCUGCACAGAUCAAUCAAGGAAAUUUAUAAUAUUGUUUAAAUACAUUAAUGUCACAUUCUUGUGUAUAAUAUUGCUAUAAAUUGCCAGAUCAAGUGAUUGGGCAGACACGUGCAUCAUGAGCAAAGAUCAGCAGGGAGAGCAAUUUAUGGUUGACUUGCUGCAACACUUGAGGUCUUCGAUGCUAUACACAGACCUAUACACUGCUGCGCAGGAAGAAGCUUCUAAACCAAGCAUAAAAAUAACGGAGUUGCGUAAGGGUGUUUUAUCAGGACUAGUAAAUGGAGGAUGGGACCGUAAACUCCAGAAUGCAAUCUACUACUACAUGCAGACUCAUUCAUGUCAGCCUCAUCAAAGUGAUUCUGAACAUCAUAAGGAGCCACUUGUAUACAUCAGAAAAGCCCAGCAAAACUGGGAGAAAAAGAUCCUGAAAAGUUUGAACAGUAUGUGUACAGAGUUGAAUAUUCCAUUGGCAAAAAAGCGCCUAGAGCAGGAACAAAAGGACAUGCUGUCCAGAUGGACAGAACUUGGAACUGAUGGACCAGACUUGAGUCAAAUCCGGCCAGUCUAUGCGCCUAAAGACUUUUUAGAAGUUGUAACCGGGCUUCAGAAUCUCAAUUAUGAGAAUGCAUUAACGUCGGGGAGUAAUUUCCACAAUUUUUGGGGAGUCAUCCAAGUUCCUGUGAAGGUGAAGUCCAUAGACCAGCUACGACUGCAGUACAGUGAGAUGGCUGUGAAUCAGUGCCAGAUAGGUGUUGAUGAUGUGUCAGACAUUUCUGCUGAUUUGUUUGAUGUUGAACAGACCAGAUUGAGUAACAAAGUUUUGGCAGCUAAGCACGCCCCCACCGCCCAAGAGUAUGCCAAGAAGGGCUGCCCUACUAGUGCAAGGGGUGAACUUUGGUGCCAGAUAAUGGGUAUUGAAGUUACUGAUGUGGAUAUCCUGUAUUAUGGACAGCUGAAGACAUCAGUCAUCCAGCAUGACUUACUAGUUGACAAUCUGCUGUACAAGGAUGUGAAACUGACAGCAACCAAUGAUGAUCAUUACUUUGUUUUUGAAGAUUUUCUCUACCAGGUGCUCCUGCCGUUUUCACGUGACACAGUGGUACUGAAGCACUUUGAGCACAACAGUACCACACCACCAAAAUCUUACAUCCGUGGCAAGCUGGGUGUGGAGGAGUUUGCUGUUGUGUACCCACCAAAUGGUGUCAUUCCAUUUCAUGGUUUUGCCAUGUAUGUUGCCCCAUUGUGCUAUGUUUACAAGGAUGUGGUCACUCUCUACUAUGUAUUCCGACAUAUGUACAUGCACUACUUUUAUCGUCUACACAGUCUUUCAUCUCAUCCACAGGGAAUUGUUGCACUCAGCUCAUUAUUUGAAAGACUGCUUCAGAUGUCUGAACCAGAACUCUUUCAGCAUCUCGUCAGAAUCGGAUGUCAGCCGCUGAAGAUUGCCUUCAAAUGGUUGAUGCGGGCAUUCUCCGGCUUCUUGGCAUCAGAUCAGGUCUUACUAUUAUGGGAUAGAAUUUUAGCCUUCGACUCCUUGGAGAUUCUGUCAGUGCUAUGUGUUGCUAUAUUCUGCUUUCGGAAGACCAACUUGAUGAAAGUGACGACCUUUAGUGCUGCCGAGGCGGUACUGGCUGACGUCACAACCCUGCAAGUGAUCCCCAUUCUGCAACUGGUCCUAUUUUCUAAGUGAAGCGAACUGUGCAUGCAUCCCGCCGCCUGCCUACACCUCCUGUCAACACUGUCGAAGCAGUUUCCCGAGGGGGACUAUCUGUGCCCGGAAUAAUUUUUCCGCACUGCGUGAGACGCAAACAACGAAUAUUACUUGUCCAAACUUUCAAGACUGGUCCGCAGAAAGUGUGAAGUAACAACAAUACUCCGAAGUAUCAACAUUUCAAGUAAAUUUGGUUAUAAAUAUUGCUGUCACCUAUCUCCUCCAGAAAGCUGUGCGAAGUGAAGGAACCCUGUCAACGUGGACUAACCCAUGGGGAGCGUGCAGCUACGGGAAUAACAGUCCUCAAUUUAACACUUGUGAUAUCAAUUUCCUGCCAUUGCCACAACAUUUUUUUACAACCAUAUUUUCUCGUUUGAGCUGAAAUCUAAGAUUGUUGUCAUUUUCCACAUUUUAAUCAAUGUUCGUAGUUAGGGGAGGUUUGUUACUAUAUCAGCAUAUGAAAUAGCACGUUUUUUUUUCCCGUUUCGUCGACAGCACUUUAAAUUUAUGGUGCGAUGUUAUAUUUUUUAUUUUUAUCCGUGUAAGUGCAUAUAAUUCUGAAACAUAUCAGUCUGUAUGUUUUGUUAUAUUUGUAACCAGGUAACCUACCUCACGGCUCACGGUUGCUUGCACUUCAAGGAGCGUAUCCGUAGGUUGUGAAUACCUUUUAAUAUGGUGACCUCUUGCCCGUCGUUGUGCGAACGUACCACCCGACCAAGCAAACUUUCACAGCGAACUUUCGGUCUCAGAGGCGACGUCUGUACAUGGAGCUAAGUGCUGAAAGUUGCGGCCGGCAAAGCAGCCUUGGUAGUCUGGCUACCGAGUACCCACCAGACUCUUGUGCUGUGGGUACUCGGCUGCAUUUAAAGACAACGCUGUUUGUGCUGCUGGAAUUAGAGGAUGGGUUCAUUCCCCUCAUCCUCAUUGCGGCCUCUUUUCUUCCUCCUGACCACAAAAGAAUUUGCACCGGACAGGCCUGCUGACCAAUCGACAUUCAACUGUCAUCUAAGGCAGGCUUUAAACUACAUGCAUACGACUGUUCUCAUUUUGUCGAGAGUUUAAAUAUACUUAAUGCCCUGGGUGUAAACAUUUAUAUGACGUUACAAAUGCUGAUGUUGCUGUAUAAAUAUAUAAAAAUUGUUUAUCUGGAUAACAGAAA